AUGUCAGUCCCUGAACCCAUCGCAAUUAUUGGGACAGGAUGCAGAUUCCCUGGCUCUGCAUCCUCCCCGACUAGGCUCUGGGACCUUCUGCUCCAUCCGCGCAAUGUAGCUUCUAAGGCACCCAGUGAUCGCUUCAACCAUGAUGCCUUCUACCAUCCUGAUGAACAUCAUGGAACAGGAAACUCCCCUGAAUCCUAUUUCCUUACUGAGGACCCCCGCGCAUUCGACGCGUCAUUUUUCAAUAUCUCCCGUACUGAAGCAGAGUCGAUGGACCCUCAGCAACGUCUGCUAUUGGAGGUCGUCCACGAGUCGUUGGAAACAGCAGGCUUACCACUGGAAAGCCUGCGAGGAUCUGAUACGGGAGUAUUUUGUGGCCUCAUGAGUACGGAUUAUGCCAAUCUGAUCAGCCGGGACUGGGAUGAAGUUCCCAUGUAUACCCCAUCUGGAACGGCAGCGUCUAUGCUUGCCAACCGUAUUUCCUUCUUUUUUGACUGGCACGGUCCAUCCAUGACAAUAGACACCGCAUGCUCUUCAAGCUUGGUGGCCCUUCACCAAGGUGUAAGUGCUCUGCGAAACCAGGACUGUCACAUGGCUCUGGUGGCUGCUAGCAACCUGAUCUUCAGCCCCCGCGAGUAUAUUGCCGCUUCCAAGAUGCACUUACUCUCGCCUACCGGACGGUGUCGUAUGUGGGACGAGGGUGCGGAUGGUUAUGCACGGGGUGAGGGUAUUGCUUCCCUGGUCUUGAAACGCCUCAGCGAUGCUAUUGCGGAUGGGGAUCCUAUUGAAUGUAUCGUCCGCGCUACAGGAGUCAACGCUGAUGGACGCAGUAUGGGGAUUACCAUGCCGUCUAGCAUUGCCCAAUCAAAGUUAAUCCGCUCCACGUAUGCCAGCGUGGGGUUAAAUCCGGCAGAUCAUCUCGAAGACCGGUGCCAGUUUUUCGAGGCCCAUGGCACCGGUACGCAGGCUGGAGAUCCCCAAGAGGCCACUGCUAUCUAUAAUGCCUUUUUUGGGGACUCACAAUUGCCUGAAAAGUCUACCCAAGAGCCCUUGUACGUGGGGUCAAUAAAGACCCUCAUUGGCCAUACAGAAGGCGUAGCAGGGCUAGCGGGAGUUAUAAAGGCCUCUCUAUGCGUCCAGAAAGGCAUUAUACCUCCGAACAUGCUAUUAGAGCGCAUAAACCCAGUUAUUGCACCUCUGACUUCUCAACUCCGCAUACCAACUGAGCCAUUGUUAUGGCCCAGCCUUGCCCCAGGUGUCCCUCGCCGGGUUUCGGUCAACUCGUUUGGCUUCGGUGGAAGUAAUGCACAUGCAAUAAUUGAGAGCUAUAUCCCUCCAACUAAGCUGACGCUAGGGCAUAGCUUGUGCCCUCAAAUACUUCCAUUCGUCUUCUCUGCAUGCACAGAGAAAACCCUGGUAGAUGUUCUAGAAUGCUAUGACCGAUUUCUCCAAGAGCAUCCAGACAUCGAUUUGGUGACCCUGGCCGAGUCGCUACUAAAGCGACGCUCAGCAUUCAACCACCGUGUUGUUAUUACAGCAGCCUCAAUCGAGGCACUCCGAACCGAAAUCCAGAUAGAGCUGGAGAAGCAGGGGUCGGCAAGAGCAGCUUCUCCAGGUAUUAUGUCACGGCCCAGCAAUGCUCCAAAACGAAUACUGGGUAUAUUUACCGGACAAGGCGCACAGUAUCCGCAGAUGUUUUGGGACCUGAUUGCGGCCAGUCCACAGGCCAUGGUCUGGAUGGCAGAGCUCCAAGAGUCAUUAGAUAGUCUUCCACCGGAGUACCGUCCAGACUUUUCGAUGGUUCAGGAGCUCUCAGCUCCCGAGUCAUCCUCAAGGAUCCGCGAAGCAUUUGUGUCACAGCCACUCCGCACAGCUGUGCAAAUAAUACAGGUGAACUUUUUACGGGCUCUGGGUGUGAGUUUUUCCACUGUCGUGGGACACUCCUCAGGCGAAAUUGCGGCUGCUUAUGCUGCUGGCGCAAUCAGCGCAGCAGACGCCAUCAGAAUUGCAUAUCUGCGAGGCCUGGUAGCUAAGCAGGCUGUUUCAAAAGGCAAGCCUGGAUCCAUGCUAGCUAGUGGGAUCCCCUGGGAAGAAGCACAUGCACUUUGCUCUGAAGGUGGCUUCAGCGAGACAGUUAAGAUUGCUGCGGUUAACUCUCCGGUAAGUGUCACGUUUUCUGGGGAUACACACGCAAUACAGGAGCUUGAAUGGAUGUUACAAAGCCUAGACCUCACGGUGCAUCGCCUUCAUGUGGACAUAGCCUAUCAUUCCCACCAUAUGAUACCGUGUGCUGCACCAUAUCUGCAUGCUCUCGAGGCCUGUGGGAUUCGGGCAAAUCCUACGACAACUAAGUGGUUUUCUAGCGUAUAUAAGGAAACAAAGGUGGACACAGAAGAUAUAAAUCCACAAUACUGGUGCCAAAAUAUGCUUCGUCCCGUGCUUUUCUCUCAAGCAGUGACCGCAGCUUUCGCAGACAAUCCUAAAUUUGAUUUAGUGAUUGAGGUUGGCCCGCAUCCCACGCUCAAAGCACCAUUCUUGCAGACCAUUUCUGAGAUGAAGGAUGUAGGUCCAGAGGCUACCUAUCUUGGUCUGGCUGAACGUGGUGGCAACAGUACGGAGGUAUUUGCUCGCGCUAUUGGCUCACUCUGGGCACAGAUGGGAGCAAGAAUCGACAUCCAACGUUAUCUGUCAUUGUUCGAUCAUUCAUAUGGAAGCCGUUUCGUUAAACACCUACCCACAUAUCCUUUUGACAAGUCCCGAGCUUAUUGGACGCUGUCUCGCCAUACUAAAGCGCGUCUAUAUCACUCUGAUCUCCCACACCCUCUUUUGGGGACUCUCAGCCCUGAAACAGGCGAGGACGAAUGGCGCUGGCGCAACUACCUAAGCCGGACAGAACUCGAUUGGCUCAAUAACCAUCAGGUUCAGUCUCAGGCCGUCUUCCCUGCGGCCGGGUACAUAUCAAUGGCAUUGGAAGCAGCUGCAAAAUUUGCACGCGGCCAACCUCUGCGGUUGGUGGAGUUCGAUAAUGUGCGCAUCCACUGUGCUGUCCCUAUUCCUGACGACCCGCGGGGAGUAGAGAUCAUCUCGAAAGUCGUCAUUGUGAAAUCCGAAAACAAUGUCAUUGUCGCGGCCUUUCAAUGUUACGCUAGCGUUGCCGAGAAACUGAAGACGUGCGCCUCCGGGAAACUAACUCUGUCAUUGGGGGAACAAGAUGUUAUGUUGUUGCCUCCUAGAUCGUCUAUAUCAGCGCUAUCUCAGUCGGUGGAAAUCUCUGCAUUCUACGCAUCUCUAGAAAGGCUUGGGCUUGGUUACAGCGGUCCCUUCCAGGGGCUGAAGGCUCUCACUAGACAAGCGGAUGGGUCGACGGGCAUAAUUUCAGGGACCGACCUGAGCUCAUCUUUGCUUCUGCAUCCAGCGAUCAUAGACUCCAGCUUGCAGGUCUUGUUAGCAGCGAAGAACAUCGAAGAAGUCCAUACACUACAUGUUCCUGUGUCCAUUGAGCACAUCGCAAUUAACCCGCAGUUGUGCAAGCACAGCUCAAGGGAGGCCAUGACUGAGCUUGCUGUCGAAGCUUUUCUCGACGAUGGUAGUUCAGAUGGCAUGACAGGAGAUAUUAACGCAUUCGACCUUGACGGCCACGGUGUCUACCAGAUCGAGGGCUUUUAUGUCGCUCCACUUUCAUCUCCUGAGGAUCGUGCUAUUUUUUCUAAGAUUGUCUGGGGCCCGCUGCUGCCACAAACUGUUCUCCCAAGUGUAUGUCGGGAUUCUCAAAACAAAGAAGAGCUUCAGUGGGCGGAACGCUGCGCUCUUCUGUACAUAAGAGAUGCACGGGAGCAGCUAUUUGCCGAAAAAUGUACAAGUCUUGACCAACAUCGAUCUAGCGUUGUGGAAUGGAUGGAUCAUAUUCUAUCCACAACACGCGAAGGCACUCACCCGGUAUGUCAUCCAGAUUGGCUAGACGGCACUCUGGAGGAUGCUCUUGACAUUGCUAUGAGCAUGGUACUCAUAGAUAGCACUUACUGGACUUCGCUUCGAAUAGCCGGUGAAUAUUUAUCGGAUUUCCUCAGAGGGGGAAGCGAGAUAACUGAGCUUCCGUACCAGGAAGGUCAUAUGAAUUGGGUAUAUAAGGAUCCCUUUGAAAACAACUUCAGCCGUUCAGAGCUUGCAGUGCUCGUUGACCAGAUUGCUUUUCGCUACCCUCACAUGAAUAUCCUCGAGCUUAAUGCAGGAAGGGGUUCGGCCACGGAAUCAAUUAUGAAGGUAAUCAAGCGUUCAUAUCAAUCUUACACUUUCACUGAUACGACUACCACAUCCUUUGCGGCGGCACAAGAAAGCCUUGCUCAACAUGGAGACAGAAUAGUCUACCAAGUGCUUGAUAUCAUGUCACAUCCCUUCGAGCAAGGCUUCAAGGAGCACUCAUAUGACCUUAUUGUCGCAGCUGAUAUGAUGUGGUGCGCUGAAAGCUUAAUGCAAGCUCUGGCAAACGUUCGACGCCUGCUCAAACCUGGUGGGUAUUUGGUCGUUCGCACCAACACUAAUACAAGUGUAACCCGCUUUGGGUUGGUAGUCAGCUCAUUCAAGAAGUGGUGGUCUGAUGAGAAUGGCGACCCUCAUAGUCCGGUGAUUAGCCUACAGAAAUGGGAUCUGCUGCUUAGGAUGACUGGUUUUGGUGGACUCGAAGCGCUAUCAUCAGCUGGUCAGUUUGGCUACGCGUCUACCUUUGUCACACAGGCGAUCGACGAUCGUAUUCGGCUACUCCGCGAGCCUGGGGAUUUCCCGGAGACACUGUCAGAUAACCUACUCCUCAUCGGCGGAGCGACGGGAGCAACAUCUAAAAUAAUAUCGGCCCUAGAAGCAUUGCUCAGGCCGUGGUUCCGUCAACUAGUUUCUAUACAGAGCCUCGAUGUACUGGACCUGGAUGACACAUAUGGCUGGUGCGUCUUGAACCUCACUGAUAUAGACUCGCCUUGCUACGAGAAUAUCACAGCCCAAUGUCUCAGCAGCCUCAAGGUGGUUAUGAAUAGCGCCAGUAGGCUUCUUUGGGUGACGAGUGGCCCGGAGAGUGUACAGCCCUAUUUCAGCAUGAGUAAGGCCACAGUUCACUGCCUCGCCUAUGAGAAUCCCCAGUCCAUAUUUCAGUAUCUAAAUAUACCGGAUAGUCAAGAGACCACUGCGCCUACUCUGGCCAAGAUUUUCAUGCAGUUGGUCCAUACGCCUAAGGACAAUAACGAUGGCCUGGACGUCUGCCUGCAUAGCACAGAAUUCGAGUUACGGCUUGUGAAUGGUGUGCUGAAAAUCCCACGAAUCCAGCUUGAUGAUUCCAGGAAUAAGCGGUAUUUUGCAAACCAUCGCAGAGUCAACGGCCUGAUUAAUCUGCAAAAUUCCAGGGUAGAUAUUGUUGCCCCAUCAGCCAGACGCAGUGAGUUCAUUCUAUGCAAAAGCCUUCGAUCCAGGCAAGAAAAAUAUUGCAGUGGUGCAACCCAUCGUCGGCUUAUCGUGCGUUAUUCAACAAUAACCGCCUAUAAGGUGGAAGGUGCUGGCUUUCUGCAUUUGGUCAUCGGUCGAGAUGAAAACGACAAUACACGUUGGCUGGCACUAUCCGAUCAACACGAGUCAGCUAUUGCGGCACCGCUCAACUGGUGCUGGCGGCUCCCUGACAGCGUUCCUGAGGGUCUAGAAGCUACUUUUUUGAUGCGAACAGCUGCUGCCCUGUUGGCCACAUCCAUUGUUGACAAGGGGCGCCCCAACACAUAUAUCAUGCUCUAUAAGACUGAAGGUUUAUGCAAGGCCGUGUGUGAUGCUGUCUCGGCCUUUGCUCUUGCACGAACUAUUCGGGUAUUGUUUGGGACCAGUGUUCAAGCCACAGUGCCGCAAAAUGAUGUGUUGUAUAUUCAUGAGAGGAGCUCUUCUCGCACUUUAUCUCGCCUUUUACCAAAAGAGAUUUCCGUCCUUGUCGGCUGUACGCCAAGCGCAAGCAGUGCUUACGAUCGAAUUUUAUCUCUCCUGCCCGAGGAUGUUGUGCAAGUUGAUGUCUCUAGUAUGGGUAGGACAUCGUCAAAGUUAUUGCGGCCUGCUAGUCCGAUCACAGUUGGGCAAACACUCUUUGCAGCCUGCGGGUUUGCGCUGCAAACUGCUACCUUGCAGCAGGAAAUUCAUCUUAUUCCUGUCCAAAAUUUGCUGGGUACUUCACCGGGAACAAAUCAGCUGGAGAUUGUGGACUGGACUCAGCCAGGCCAAGUCCCUAUUCAAAUCCAGACAGCAAGCUCUAUGGUCUCAUUAUCCGCACGUAAAGCAUACUUGCUCGUCGGGAUGACUGGUGACCUUGGGAGAUCUGUCUGCCAAUGGAUGAUAAGGAGAGGAGCACGAACUGUGGUCCUUGGCAGUCGAAACCCCAAUGUUGACGCGCAGUGGAUUGAGGAGAUGGCAAGGCUGGGUGCUCGAGUUGUUCCAAUGAAAAUUGAUGUAACCAACCGAGAAUCCGUGUCUCGUGCCUAUGCUUCCAUACGUGGAUCACUGCCUCCAAUUGGAGGAGUUGCCAACGGAGCAAUGGUGCUCAAGGACUGCCUAUUUGCUCAAGCUUCGCUAGAGGAUAUGCAGAGCGUCAUGGCCCCAAAGGUUCAAGGGAGUGUUAUUCUGAGCGAGGUGUUCGGUGGCCUGGAUCUCGAAUUCUUUAUUCUCUUUGGAUCAGCCGCUGGACCGCUGGGCAAUAUUGGUCAGACAGCCUAUUCAGCGGCUACUGAAUUCAUGUCGGCGCUUAUCAAACAGCGGAACGAGCAAGGUCUAGUGGGCAGUAUUAUCCAUCCGGGACUAAUCAAAGGGAUAGGAUAUUUCGCAAGAGCAGAUAGUGCAGUUCAGAACAUGAUUGAGCGGAACACUGGUGCCUCAAACUUCACUGAAGAGGAUCUGCAUGAGCUCUUCGCAGAGGGUAUACUUGCAGGCCAUCCAGGUUCCAGCAGUGACCCUGAGGUGAUUGCUGGAUACCAGGUCAUAAAUGCUGCAGAGAAUCCUAGCGCGUUGUGGUUGCGAAAUCCCAAGGCGUGGAAUCUCAUUAGCCAUGCGGCUAACCCGACCAUAUCUGCAUCCGGCACUAACGACAAGAUUCCGAUAAGAACGCAACUCGAGCUGGCAAAGAGCAUUGUUGAAGCCACAGGCAUUAUCACCGAUGGCUUUAUCAAGGAAGUGCGCUCUAGACUGCAACUGUCCGCUGAGGAAUCGCUCACUGGAGCAUCUGGAUUGACUGACUUGGGGGUAGACUCUCUCGUGGCUAUCGAGCUACGGCAUUGGUUUGUUAGAGAGUUGUCUGUUGACCUCCCUGUGCUGCAGAUCAUCGGAGGAUCAUCCAUCCAAGAGCUGGCUAGUACCGCUGCAUCGAAGCUUUCAAUGAAUUUCACGCCGGACAUUGGGACGGAAGGGGUGCCAACGAGCGGUACUGAUGCUUGA